AUGGAUACAAUCAGCUAAAAUCUUGUAGGAUCUUAAGAAGCUAAAUAUAAGCUUGCUAUGCAUCUUCAAAACAGGAAAAAAAUCAAAGAGAUGUAUAAAAUGAAAGGUCUCUAAAUGCUCGAUAAACCUGAGUUAGUCAUUUCUGAUAUCUAAGAACCUAAGUUAAAGCCUUAAUAAACUUUAAUUUAUUAGACUAUGAAAAGCGAAUUAACUAAAAAAGGGUACUCUGAUUUUAGGUUUUUAGGAUAGGGAUAGUAGGGAUUAGUUUUGUUAGCAAAAAAUUCUAAAACUAACAUGAGGUAUGCUAUCAAAGGUGUUUAAGUUAGAGAUUCUUUUGGAAAUCUUGACGAAGAUCUGAACAAUAGAGUGAGACAAGAAGUAGAAAUACUCCAAAAAUGUAGAGACUCUCCAUAUGUAGUCAGACUUUUAGAUUAAUUUGAAGGAUAAUAAUUUAGUUACUUAGUUCUAACUGAGUGUUAAGGAACUCUCACCUAAAUUUUAGAAAGGAACUAAAACAAAAGACUGAAUGAAAUAUCAGCAAUCAAAUACGCUAAUGAUAUUGCUCAAGGUCUCUACUACAUUCACUCUAAGAGCUGUCUUGUUAAUGACCUGAAAAUGGAUAAUAUCUUAAUUGACUACCAUGGAAAUGCAGUUGUUUCUGAUUUUGGUUUAGCAGAUAACCUAACAAAUAAAUCUGGUUAUGCGAUCAAUCAAUAUAUGGGAAACUUCUUGUAUCAAGCACCAGAGUGUUAUGACCCAGCUGAUCUAUUCGGUAAGGUUUAUUAUGAUGAAUAUUAAAAAUUAGGCGUGACUGUGAGACAACAACCAAGCAAUAGAAGUGAAGCAUGUUCUUUAGGGUAUCUAAUUUAUACAAUGGUCUAGGGAAUAGAUAUUAAUAUGAUAUCAAAUAAGCACAAAAAAUUGAAUUAUGAUAAUGAAUUUAAAAAUUUUGUUUAUCACAAAUAGCUUAAUAAUAUUAUUGAAGGAUUAACUAAUUUUGUUCCAAAGAAUAGAAUGCCUAUUAAAGAGGCUUUAAUUAUUUUAAAGGGAAUUAUUUCUUUUGAAUUUUAGUUAGAUGACAUGCUUAUUGAGAUGAUAGAUGGAAACACUCAACAGUUCACAAGUUCACUCAAAAAUUAAAUUGAGUUUGUUAAAGAUUUUUCUAACAAGUUUUAUCCAAUCAUUAAAAAUGAACAAGCCUUAAACUAAGAGUUGAAAGAAGAUCAUCAAAAAAGAUAAUAUGAGGCAAAAAUAGAAGAGUUAUAGAAAAUAAAUCUUUAACUAUAAUAACAAAUUAGUGAAUAAGAAAAAACAAUUAAAGCUUUAUUAACCUAAUUAGAAUAAUCUUAAAAUUAGUUAAUGAAUUAACCUUAGAUUAUGAUGAUGCCAACGAUGAAGACGACGAACUAGUAACAUAUUAUUUUUUAAGAAAUUAAUAAAUAGGAAAAGAAAAGAAAGAUGAAUUCCCAAGAAAAAAACUAACUUUGA